UCUUUAGGUGGUAAAGUAAACCAAAAAAUCACCAUACACACUUGUAUAUCAUUCGUGCACGUUAACUUUUGGGGCAUACUUCGAUUGUGUUUGCUAUUAAUAUCGAACGAAGCGUUAUUCGUUGCUCGUCGCUUCUCCACACAACUUUAUUAAGAUAUACUUUCAACAUAUUUCCAAUUUACUGUACAAGAAAUUUGCUUACACUUUUUUCGAGUUGUUAGUAUUUGAGAGAUGUGAAUCGUUCUUAAGACACACUUUCCACGAUUUACUCGCGAAACAAUAAAGAAUCAGCUGUUGUGUCAAAGAAUCACCAAAAUCUCUGUCAAUAGGGUACCUCGAUUGAGUCUGUAGGUACACAGUAGUCUACGAUAUAUUGAGUUGUCUUAAACAUUGAUGCUGAUUGUCAAAGAACGAUGAGCUACCCGGAGAAACAGGAUAACAUAACGAAGGAUGAAUGGGUUGCCAAGCUGGAAGAGAAUUCUUACACACAACGUGUUUCUAUGAACAAUUUGAUUAUGAAUUAUUUAGUUACAGAGGGAUUCAAAGAAGCUGCGGAGAAAUUUCAACAAGAGUCUGGAGUGGAGCCCACAGUAGAUUUAAGCUCUUUGGAUGACAGGAUUCGUAUCAGGGAAGCAAUUCAAAAUGGUCGUAUUCAGGAGGCAACGGAUCUCGUGAAUCAGCUGCAUCCAGAGCUAUUGGAUAACGAUAGAUAUCUUUACUUCCAUUUGCAGCAACUACAUCUAAUUGAACUGAUUCGUACAGGAAAAAUAGAGGAGGCUCUGCAGUUUGCUCAAGAUAGACUGAGUGAAGCUGGAGAAUCAGACGAUAUUAUUUUGUGUGAAUUGGAACGUACUUUAGCUCUAUUGGCUUUUGAUGAGCCCCAUAAGAGUCCUUAUAGUGAUUUACUUCACCCAACUCAUAGGCAAAAGAUAGCAAGCGAACUGAAUGCAGCUAUAUUGAAGAUGGAGCACAAAGAGUCAACUAGUCCACGUUUAAAUAAUUUGCUGAAGAUGAUACUUUGGGCACAGGAUGAGCUGGAAAAGAAAAAAGUGAAGUAUCCAAAAAUGACGGAUUUGGGCAGUGCCACUAUUGAGAGUCCAAAAUAAUUGUAACCAGGCGAAGUGUGGGACAAUUUGAAUGUAUUUAUUAGUACAAGAAAAUGAAUGUAUGAUUGUACCAUAUUAGUGUCUACCAUGUGAGCAGGACUUAGGAAAAAAAACAGACUUGAGCAUUUUAAUAUA